GACUUCAGCUCCAUCAUCAGGGCCUUCUGGGAACUAGGGGUCGCCUGGUGGGCCAUGUUGAUCCCACUUCUGUCACCAGUGGCCACAGAUGAGUGAAAGGGUCUCUAAAUGGCUGCGAGGAAGUCUGGAUCAGAUGCAUACAACAAUGGACCCAUCAGCUACCUUGAUGACGUUCCCUUCAAGAUCAAUGACAAAUUCCGCUGCCCAGCCAAAGUGGGGCUGCCUGUUGGUUUCUGUCUCCCAGACUGCGGCUCUUUGCUAGUGGACUCACAGUAUGACUUUUCUCUGGAGAGGCGUAGUGUGCGAUGGGGAGUUGAACUGGCUGAGGCGAGAGCAGCAGAAGCGAGAGCAGAAGAAGCAGCGGCCAAGCAGGAGGCAGAGAGCAGGGAGUGCUUGGCACAGGCCCAAGACAUUGAUGGUGGUAGAGUAAAGAAACCUGGGUCUGCUGCAGAGGACCAGGACCUUCUACCACCUGCGCUGAACCCCGUCCUGGCGGGGCUGAGCCAUAAUGCCAUCCUCACUCCACUGCCUGCCCCAAGCCUUGGGCCAAGGAAAACCCAGCCUAGCACUCCCCAGCCGCACAGCCUCAACCUAGCUGACUUUGAGCGGGAAGAGGACCCCUUUGACAAGCUGGAGCUCAAAACUUUGGACGAUAAGGAGGAGCUUAGGAGCAUCCUCCAGAGCCAGCCACAACCUCAACCUCCUCCCUCUGUAUCCCCACCAGAGGUUUCCCAGAUAGGGUCACGUGGGAACAGCCCGUCUCCUCCCAGCACCAACACCAGCAUCACAGCUAAACCUGGCUUUACUCAUAAACCCAAUGGGUUGGUUGCCUUGCUGGACAUGGACAGAGUUGGACAGCCUGGGAGAACGGGGUUUGACGCAGAUGAUCGACCCUGUAACAUCCGCUCUCUCACUUUUCCCAAGCUCUCUGACUCUGGUGAUCCCGAGCCAGUAAGGUACAGCCCAGUCCCUACAGCUGUCCCCGCUCCCCGACAGAACCUACCCAACGGCAGCCCACCGACCAUCCCCAAGACCCAAGUUAUUGUUGCUCCUGAGCCAACCAGCCACACCAAGAGUGGUGCACCAAAACCGGUCAACCCAGGGUCGGGAACUUCUGGUCUGCCGUGUGGGGGCGCCCUGCUCAGCAUGACUCCCAGCGAGCGUCAGUGUGUGGAAACCCUUGUGGGCAUGGGUUACUCUUACGAGGGUGUCCUACGGGCCAUGCAGAGACAAGGGCAGAACGUGGAGCAGGUACUGGACUACCUGUUUAUCCAUGGGCGUCUGUGUGAGCGGGGCUUUGAUGCAAGUGCAGUGGAGGAGUGUUUAGAGAUGUACCAAUGCUCAGAGGAAAAGGCAUUGCAGUUUCUUGAACUAAUGUCAAGAUUUGGUGAAAUGGGAUUUCAGCGGGACGCCAUCAAAGAGGUGCUGCUGGUCCACAACAAUGAUCAGGACAAGGCUCUAGAGGACCUGAUGGCUCGGGCCGCAGCCAGCUGAGCCACACUAACCAGCCAACCAAAGCCCAGCCCAGGGGCUUGCCUCCCGCUACUACCCAUCACAGCCCCUUUCCUUCUGCCUACCCUAUCACACCAUGCCCUGCCCUUGCCUUGGCUGUGGAAGGGGCAGCUGGGAGACAGUUGUAUUUCUCUCUGUGCUAAAACGUAUUGUGUCUCAGCACUUCUUAAAGACUGUGUGCCUAGAGUGGAGGGGGUCAAAGUGUAACAAUACUUCAUGGUGGUGUUUUUUUUUUUCCUAAGAAACCCCGGGUUAGGUUCAAGAAUUUUGUACUGCGAGGGUGUUUCAGAGUGGGAAGACUGACUGAGAUGGAAAGGAAGAAAAUUUGGGCUGUGGUGUUUUAAUGCCAUUCUGAUUUGCUUCCAUUUGGAAGUGUUAUCCCGGCAAAGCUGCAGGACCGAAUGGGAAGCUGGUGACGGGCUCUGAAUUCAUCAAAGAAAGACCAGUUUGAACUCUUGGAACUCUCAAACGACUACGCUGCCAUCUUCCACUGCUCUGUGCAGACCUAGUAAAUGGUGGCGGGGAUCGGGAGCCUCGAGGAGGCUCUCUUUAAACUGAACCAACUAAUAUUAAAAGUCAAAAAGGAAAAAAAAAAAACAAAACAAAAACAAACGGCCCAGUCGUCAGACAGACAACUGACUCUCAAGAAGUGCCCUCUCUGCUCUGGUGCCCUGCACCUAGUUCUGUUGUACGUUAUUCUUUCAUUCAUUCAUGUCUGUUUUUUUCUGUUCAUUUGGGCACUUUUUCAUGUCACUUUGAAGAUUCCAUUUCUUUUAUUUCUGUUUUAGGAACUACAUAGACCUUUAGUCACCAUUACUCAAACCAUAAGAGAUACUACUGCCCCAGUACGCUGUUCGACCUGCACUGGAAUGGCCUGUUAAAGGAGCGGGGAGAAAUAGGGGAAAGUUCCUCUGUAGGAAAUGAUAAGAAAUCUCCCACAGCCCACAGGCACAGACGUGUCACAUACUACACAGGCACACACACUCAUAAUUAUCAACUUAUUUAAAAUAGUACACUGAUUAUUUCAUUUACAAAUAAAGAGUUUGAUAUGAUAAUGUAAGAUAUGUUAACUCACAAAAGUGAUGCUUUUAACUGUCAUGGACUUCUGUUUGCAGACUGGAAAAGAGUGAGUGGUUUAAAAAAAAAAAAAAGAAAUGAUGUAAGUGAGGGUUGCUUUAGCAGCCACAUCACAGUGCAAUAGAGACAUUUCAUAUUGUGUGACUGUUGACUGGCACUUUGAGCCUCAAGUAAUUGUCGGGAGAUGAGGAAUGGUUUUCAAGCCUUGCUAGAAAUUUGGAUGUAACUAGGAAAGGUUUGAUUUCAGUGAUCUCCAUCAUUUAUUCUCUGUUAUUUGAUUUCAUGCCACAAAAUCUAUUCAAACAUGACUUUGGUUUCUUGACUUGUCUACUUUUUUUUUCUCAUGUGGAAUAUGAAACGACUGUUCAUCUUGAUUUUAGAUGUGUUGCCAUCUCCACAGUCCUAAAUAGCUAAAGUAAAAAAAAAAGUUUAAGUCACCACAUGUCAAAUGCAUUCUCCUAUAUGUUGAUUGGGUGUAGUUGUUCAAAAGAGAUUCAGGAUUCUUUAUUUUACAGUUUGUGUCUCAGUUCAAUGCUACAUAUGUUUAAAAAAACAUGUCUGCUCAGCUGCAGCAAAGGCAAAGAUGGCAGAAAUUUUCAUAAUCUUGAGCUCUGUGGUACUGAUGGGGAUUUUGAGAGGCAUGGUAACAGAUUAAGGGCUUAAAGUUAGCAAAAUGUGAUUUGGAGAACUGGCACUUUGCUUGGAGCAGGUCCAGUACUUUGUCCUGUGUUUCACAAUUGCAAAAUGAAAAUGUAACUAACCACCAAUCUAUUUUAGAACAACCCCUGGUUUGACGAAUCUAUAGUGAUUUAUUUCCAAUACAUACAAAAUUUUACUUGUGUAAUAGGAGAAAAAUGCAACAAAUUGUCUGCAGAAUAUUCAGUACCAUGUCCAAACCUCCUUCUGGGAUGCUUGCAACACAUUUGCAAGCAUCCUGAAAACAACAAACAUCCCAGUAAGUGACAUGAUAUAUCAUCAUACAUAUGUCGUCCUAUUCUUUUGGUUUCACCUGGUGCAGGCAAACAUGACACGAGCAAGGUGUGAGGUUAGAUCUAGUAUCCUUAUUCAAGCCAGCAUUUUGUCUGAUAUGUGGUUGACAUUAAGAUCAACAAAUCUGUUUUCCCACCACUUCUGUUCUUAGUUGCCUUCCGUUUUGAUUUACUGUGAUAAAGAAAAAAAAGAACAUUUACUUUACAGACAGACACAUAAGUGGUAUUAUUGUCGCCUUACAUAACUCUCAAGUGUGGUUUCCUUAGUCAUACAUAAAGCAAGUGGAUGCUCACUUGCCUCUACAGCCUCUGGACCUCCUCCAUCAAUGCCUCCUCCCAUUUCUGUUACAGUCUCCUUCUUGUGUAAGGAUUAAUAUAGGUUCUCAUUAUUUAGGGCAUCAUGUUUAAGGGGUUUAUAUAUCAGAUCCACCUCUAAGCCACUGCAUAAUUGAACAUGGGGCACUCAUGAAUCUAAUGAACAUUGAAAUAUCUUUAUGGUAUAAUAAGAGGUGGCCGAGUUGAGUGUCCUUUCCCAAGCUCCUGAAAUGUGAUUUGCAAAAUGUUCAAUUUCCUCUUGAAGGAUUUGGAAAAUCCACAUGAUUAAAUGUGCACAUCUUUUCAGUGG